AUGAGAAAUGAUCAGCUAAAGGAGAUUCGUCAAGAGUGGAGUCACAGCAGGUUCUUCUUUGGAAAGAACAAAAUUAUGCAGAUCGCUCUGGGCAGGAUGGAGGAUGGGGAGCACAGAGAGAAUCUUUCCAAGCUGAUGUGGCAAUUGCAAGGGCAAACUGGUCUUCUUUUUACAAAUAAAGGAGAAAAGGAAGUUUUACAAUACUUUGACCAGCUGUACAUACCCAACUAUGCCCGAUCUGGAACAGUGGCAGCGCAGACAGUGGAGCUGGAGGAGGGUCCUAUACCAGAAUUUUCACACUCGCUCGAGUCACAGUUGAGGCAGUUAGGACUACCCGUACAGUUGAAGAGAGGAGUUGUACAAAUGCAGAGAGGUCACACAGUCUGUGAAAAGGGACAAGUUUUGAAUCCCGAACAAUGUAGGAUUUUG